AUGGCCGUGGAAAUGGACCAGAAGACGAUCAUCGUGCUCGCGGUCGUGGGUUCUCUCGGGGUGCUUAGUGCCAUCCUGGGAUUCUCUGCCGAAGGCACAAAGCUCACCCCUUCGGACGUGGGGUGGUACUACGGGCAGUGCUAUUAUCGGGCUAAGCCGGCGCGGGGGAUAGGGGUCUGCGCGGCCAUCUUCCUGAUAAUUGCUCAGGUCAUCUUCGGGAUCGUCGGCGGCUGCUGCGGAUGCUACAACUCCCGACCCAUCCCCUCCCAGACCAACCGGACCACCGGCGUCGUCUGUGCCGUCGGCUCAUGGAUCGCGGCGGUGAUCGCGUUCGCGCUGUUCGUGGCGGGCGCGGCGUCGAACGUCCAGGGUUGGCGGGAUGAUAGGUCUAGCUCGUACAGGCAUUGCGACGUCCCCGCGGGCGGCAUCUUCGCUGGCGGGGCCGUGCUCACGCUCGCCGCCACGGCCCUCGGGCUCACCUCCUACGUCCUGCUCCGUAACCAUCCGAUCGACGCCGCCGCGCCAAAUACGGGGGGCGGCGAGCAGCUGCCGGCUGCCGCCGCGACAAAUAAGGUAGGAGACCAGCAGCUGCCGGCGGCCGCCGCGACAAAUAAGGUAGGAGACCAGCAGCUGCCAUCGGCCGCCGCCGGGAUCGCGAUGGGGAAGCCGCAGCCUCGUCCCGAGGAUUACGGACAGGCGCCGCCGCCGAAGUUCCCGCAGCAGCCUCGUCCCCAGGGAUUCGGGCAGGCGCCGCCGCCAAAGUUCCUGCAGAAGCAUCGUCCUCCCACUCCUCCCAAGCACCCGCAGUCCUCAGCGCCGCCCCAGGGACAAGGUAACAUCGAGCACGUGUAUGAGGUGGAGUUGCAAGUUGAGGGCGAUCCUCAACCAGAGGACCAGAACGGCUGCGGGACAGCAGUCAUGUUCUGA